AUGAGAGGUGCCACGCGAGUCUCCAUCAUACUCCUCCUGGUGACUGUGUCUGGCUGUGCCGUGAUCACAGGGGCCUGUGAGCAGGAUGUCCAGUGUGGAGUGGGCACCUGCUGUGCCAUUAGCCUGUGGCUUCAGGGUCUGCGGAUGUGUACCCCACUGGGGAGGGAAGCAGAGGAGUGUCACCCCGGCAGCUACAAGGUCCCCUACUUCAGAAAGCGCCACCACCACACCUGCCCCUGCCCGCCCCACCUGCUGUGCUCCAGGUGCCCGGAUGGCAGGUAG